CGCGGCGGGCGGGCGCGUGGAGCGGGGCGCGGCGUGGGGCCGGCCGUGACGCGCCGCUGGCCCGCGAGCCCGGGCGCGGGGGAGCCCCCGCGGCGCGGAGAUGCGCGGGGCGGCCGCGCUGCUGCUGUGCCUGCUGGGCUGCCACGUCGGGACGGCGCGGAGCAGGACGCCGCGAGCCCCAGCCGUCACCCUGAAGGUCCACGUCAGCGACGCCAGCACCCACCAGCCCAUCCCGGACGCCCUCAUCGAGGUCUUCAACAACCAGGUGCCCAUCGCCUCGGGCACCGCGGGGCCAGAUGGCGUCGCCUUCAUCAAGUUCCAGUACAGGCUGGGCACUCCGCUGAUGGUCACCGCCUCGAAGCACGCCUACGUCCCCAACUCGGCCCCAUGGAAGCCUGUGCGCUUGCCCGUGUUCUCAUCGCUGAGCCUCGGCCUGCUGCCCGAGCGGCCCGCCACCCUCAUGGUCUAUGAGGACGUCGUCCAGAUCGUCUCGGGCUUCCAAGGCGCCCGGCCGCAGCCCCGCGUGCACUUCCAGCGGCGCGCCCUGCACCUGCCCGACAACACCAGCUACAGCGACCUGACCGCCUUCCUCACGGCCGCCGGCAGCCCCGCCGAGGUGGACAGCUUCCCCUACCUGCGCGCGCUGGACGGCAACAGCUCAGGGAACAGCACCCGGCACGACCUCACGCCCGUCACGGCCGUCAGCGUGCACCUGCUGGGCAGCGAUGGGACGCCGGUGCUGGUGGACGGGCCCAUGUACGUCACCGUGCCGCUGGCCGCGCACAGCAGCCUGAGGCACAAUGGCUACGUGGCCGCGUGGCGGUUUGACCAGAAGCUGGGAACGUGGCUGAAGAGCGGUCUGGGCCUCGUGCACCAGGAGGGCAGCCAGUUGACGUGGACGUACAUCGCCCCACAGCUGGGCUACUGGGCGGCCGCCAUGUCGCCUCCCAAUCCAGGUCCCAUUGUCACCCAGGACAUCACGGCGUAUCACACGCUCUUCCUCCUGGCCAUCUUGGGCGGGAUGGCUUUCAUCCUCUUGGUUCUGCUGUGCCUCCUUUUGUAUUACUGCAGGCGGAAGUGCUUGAAGCCUCGCCAGCAGCACCGGAAGCUGCACCUGCCGGCCGCGCUGGAGAGCUCCAAGAGGGACCAGUCCACGUCCAUGUCGCACAUCAACCUGCUCUUCUCCCGCCGGGGGGAGUCCGAGUUCCCGGGGCCGCUCUCGGUCAGCGGCCACGGCCGGCCGGACGCGCCGGGCCCCAAGGAGCUGCUGGGCGGCGUCCCCCGGGAGCUGCUGUCGCCGGGCGGCGAGGGGGACCUGCACGCGCCCGUGCUGAAGCUGGCCUACAGCACCUCGCAGGACUUCAGCUCCCGGGAGGAGCUGCUGUCGCACCCGGACCACGACAAGAGCCAGGGCUCCUUCGACAACCUGACGCCCGGCGGCACGCUCGGCAAGUCGGUGGAGCUCUUCCCGCUCAGGUCCCGGCGGUCCCUGGAGAGGGACAGCUACGAGUCGCCCGGCCACGGGGACUACCGGCGCAGCUACAACGCCAUGCUCGCGCAGCCGCUCUUCGACAGGCCCGAGCGGGACAGCCAGGCCUCGCUGGCGGCGGGCAGCAAGCUGACCAUCCAGGAGCACCUCUACCCCGCGGCCUCCUCGCCCGAGAAGGAGCAGCUGCUGGACCGCCGGCCGGCCACCGAGUGUCUGAUGUCACGUUCCGUGGACCACCUAGAAAGACCCUCUUCCUUCCCGCGGCCCGGCCAGCUCAUCUGCUGCAGCUCCGUAGACCAGGUCAACGACAGCGUGUACCGGAAGGUCCUGCCCGCCCUGGUCAUCCCCGCGCACUACAUGAAGCUCCCCGGCGACCACUCGUACGUGGGCCAGCCCCUGGUGGUGCCCGCCGACCAGCAGCUGGACAUCGAGAGGCUGCAGGCGGAGCUCUACCCGCACCCCGCCGGCCCGAUCCCCGGGCAGCCGCUGUCGUGCCAGGCCGUGUCGCAGCAGCACCUGCAGGAGGCGGGCGCGCGCGUGUCCGAGUCCCUGUCCAUCCCCGCGUCCCUGAACGAGGCGGCGCUGGCGCAGAUGAACAGCGAGGUCCAGCUGCUGACCGAGAAGGCGCUGAUGGAGCUGGGGGGCGGCAAGCCGCUCCCGCACCCCCGCGCCUGGUUCGUCUCCCUGGACGGCCGCUCCAACGCGCACGUGCGACACUCCUACAUCGACCUCCAAAGAGCCGGCAGGAACGGCAGCAACGACGCCAGCCUGGACUCGGGCGUGGACAUGAACGAGCCCAAGGCGGCCCGCAAGGGCCGAGGGGACGCCCUGGCCCUGCCGCAGAGCCACCCCCCGGUCCAGGAGCACGCGGCCAAGGAGCCCCGCGCGGCCGACGGCGCCGCCUACGCGCAGCUGGUGCACCGGGAGCGCGCGCUGGACCCGGGCGGCGGCGAGGGGGGCGCCGUGGCGUGCGCCCCCGAGGACAGCGCGCUGCGGUGCCUGCUGGACGGCGGGGGCCGGCGGAGCGGCGGGCAGCUGCCCAGCCUGCAGGAGGAAACCACCAGACGAACUGCCGACGUCCCCGCCGCCGAGCCCGCGGGCGCCCCCCAAGCGCCCAGACCUGCCCGGGAGGAAGAGGAAGAGGAUGACGAGGAUGACGACGACGACGACGACCAAGGCGAGGACAAGAAGAGCCCCUGGCAGCGGCGGGAGGAGAGGCCCCUGAUGGCGUUCAAUAUCAAAUGAGCCCGAGCAGAGUCUGGCGCCCCUCACCCCCAAAGGUGGGACCCCCGCCCCCAAUUGCCAAAAAUUUCUCCCCUGCGCUGAAGCGGUGGAGGCAGCCCGAGUGGGCAGCGGACUUUUCCCUGCUUUGCUCUGGGCCGCAGAAGUGAAGAGUCGGGGGCCCUCCCCAUGUGUCCCCCCGGGGGUCUCACCUCCAGGGAGGGCUGGGGCAAGAUCUGAAUGUGUCUGCCCGGCCCCUGACCCAAGGACGCUGAAGAGCAGCCCCCCGCGAUAUGCGCAGGGGGUGGCCACCCUGCCUGCCCCUUGCGCAAACAGCGGGUCCCCCUUCAGUGGCUCUGUGCCGGGGGUGGGAGUGGGCCCCCAGCCCAGCGGGCGGUGCGUUUUGUACAGGUGUCACCCCUUCGUUUUCAUCUGUCCUGCGUCUCUCGGUGGUUCAUUUCAGGGUCUCCUUUCACUCAGUGACAUCUCUGCUACAUCCCAGCUUUUGAAUGAAAUUUCUCUCCACCAAGAGUCCUUCAAUUCCGGUCCCAGUAACUCCAAGUGCCUUUUCUACAGUGAUAACAGACAGUCCCUCAAAAGAAAAAAAAAAAGGAAAAACAGAAGUUUUGGGGUUUGUUUUUUUUCCCCCUUAACCCCUUUAAGUGAACUGCCUGGAUUUUAUCAAGUGAUGAGAUGCUGUCCUUCCUGUUUCUGACUGCAUGCGGCCAAGGAGCUCUUUCCAGAGGGCAGAAUUCUCGUUUCGGCGUGUUCGCUUCCUGGAGGCGGCUUGCGCCCAGGUAGGCGAGAGGACACUUCACAGAGACUCUGCCGCUCCCGCGCCCUGUGGCCACCAGCCACCUUACGGUUUUUUGCCUGUUUGUGUAGACGGUUAUGUAUUUCCCCCCGGAACCCUCCGGGCUGCUCUUGCUCACCCAGCCGGAGUGAUGGGCUGGGCGAGGGGACCAAAUGUGACAAACAAAUCUCAUGUACUCUCCGAAAGUGCCGGAAUCACUCUCUGUGCAUCCUCCUUAAACAGCUGCUUGGUGAUCCAAAAAUGAAAAGUCAAAAUAAACUUCGAAGGAAAAUUUUA